UGGGUGUCGCGAACGCGCCGGGAGCGUCCCAGGACCGGGAGCGCGCCCCGCGUAGGACAACAAAUUCGUCGCGCGGCGGCGGUGGAGGAGUCCGCCUCAGUACCUGCCUCAGGCUCUGUCGCCUCCCCGCGUGUUCUCUUGAAUCCUCUCUCGGUGACUACUGCUAGGGUCCUCGCGGAGGCCCCGCACUCCCUCCCCGGGCCUGGGGCGACGGGGACUGCUCUGUGCCUGGUCCCUGCCAGGCCUAGCGCGAGGCGCGCGGCGCGGACGAUGGGGUCGCCCUGAGGGACGCCCGGCGCCGAGCGGGCAUGGAGGGGCUGUCCCGGGCAUAGGCCCCGCCGCGGACUGGGCACGCGGGCCGGGACCCGAGGCGCCGCCGCCGCGGCCUGGAGCCGGAACCUGGGCCCCAGGGCCGGAGUCGCCGCCUGCAGCCCCCGCGGGCCCCGUUGCCAGCCCUCAUCAUGCCUUGGCCGUUUUCGGAGUCCAUCAAGAAGAGGGCCUGUCGGUACCUCCUGCAGAGGUACCUGGGCCACUUCCUGCAGGAGAAGCUGAGCCUGGAGCAGCUCAGCCUGGACCUGUACCAGGGCACCGGGUCCCUCGCCCAAGUCCCCUUGGAUAAAUGGUGUCUCAAUGAGAUCCUGGAGUCGGCAGAUGCGCCUUUAGAAGUCACUGAAGGAUUCAUACAGUCAAUUUCUCUGUCAGUUCCAUGGGGCUCCUUGCUACAGGAGAAUUGUGCACUGGAAGUGAAAGGGCUAGAAAUGGUCUUCCGGCCUAGACCCCGCCUAGCAACUGGUUCUGAACCUAUGUAUUGGUCAAGUUUCAUGACCAGCAGUAUGCAAUUGGCAAAAGAAUGUCUUAGCCAGAAAUUAACAGAUGAACAAGGAGAAGCAUCGCAGCCUUUUGAAGGACUUGAAAAGUUUGCUGAAACCAUUGAAACAGUACUAAGAAGAGUAAAAGUCACUUUUAUAGACACUGUCUUGAGAAUUGAACACGUGCCAGAAAAUUCCAAAACUGGAACUGCACUUGAAAUUCGAAUAGAAAGAACUGUCUACUGUGAUGAAGCUGCUGAUGAGGCCUCAGGAAUUAACGUGCAUCAGCCCACAGCCUUUGCUCACAAGUUACUCCAGCUCUCCGGAGUAUCUCUCUUCUGGGAGGAGUUUUCUGCGUCAGCAAAAUCUUCCCCAGUGUGUUCAACUGCACCAGCGGAAACUGAGCCAAAGCUGUCACCUAGCUGGAAUCCCAAAAUUGUAUAUGAGCCACACCCACAACUAACUAGAAAUUUACCAGAGGUAGCGCCCUCUGACCCAGUGCAGAUUGGAGGGCUAAUUGGUAGGCUGGAGUUGAGUCUCACGUUGAAACAGAAUGAAGUACUUCCUGGAGCUAAGUUGGAUAUUGAUGGACAGAUAGACUCUAUUCAUCUAUUCCUGUCACCAAGGCAGGUGCACUUGCUUUUGGAUAUGUUAGCAGCUGUUGCUGGACCAGAAAAUUCUAGCAAAAUAGGGUUAGCUAAUAAAGAUAGAAAAAGCCGACCCAUGCAGCAAGAAGAGGAAUAUCGAAUUCAGAUGGAAUUAAACCGGUAUUAUUUGAGAAAAGAUUCCCUCUCAGCAGGUGUAUCUUCAGAGCAAAGCUUUUAUGAGACAGAAUCCGCUCGUACACCUUCUAGCCGUGAAGAAGUUUUCUUCUCCAUGGCUGAUAUGGACAUGUCCCAUAGUCUCUCUUCUCUUCCACCUCUGGGAGACCCUCCAAAUAUGGACCUUGAGUUGUCAUUAACUAGUACAUAUACAAAUACUCCAGCAGGAUCUCCAUUAAGUGCUACUGUGCUUCAGCCAACGUGGGGAGAUUUCCUUGAACAUCAUAAAGAACAACCAGUAAGAGGGUCCACAUUGCCAUCCAACCUAGUUCACCCACCAAAUUUACAGAAGACUUCUCUCCCAUCUAGAUCUGUUUCAGUGGAUGAAUCCAGGCCUGAACUUAUUUUUAGACUAGCUGUGGGAACCUUUUCCAUCUCUGUGCUUCACAUCGAUCCUUUAUCUCCACCUGAAACAUCACUAAACCUUAAUCCAUUGACGCCUUUGGCGAUAGCAUUCUUUACCUGUAUAGAAAACAUUGACCCAGCAAGAUUUUCAACAGAUGAUUUUAUGUCUUUCCGAGCAGUAUUUGCGGAAGCUUGCAAACAUGAUCACCUUAGAUUUAUAGGUACUGGCAUCAAAGUGUCCUAUGAACAAAGACAAAGAUCAGCUUCCCGAUAUUUUAGUACUGAUAUGUCCAUUGGGCAAAUGGAACUUUUGGAAUGCCUGUUUCCAACUGAUUCUCAUUCUGUUCCUCCUCACUACACAGAGCUUUUAAUGUUCCAUCCCAAAGAACGAACUGAUUCCCAUCUCCCUGUGUGUCUUCAGCUUCAUUAUAAGCAUUCUGAGAAUAAAGGACCCCAGGGUAAUCAAGCAAGGCUUAGUUCUGUUCCUCAGAAGGCAGAAUUACAAAUUAAGUUAAAUCCUGUGUUUUGUGAGCUGGAUAUCAGUAUUGUGGACAGAUUAAAUUCUUUGCUUCAACCACAAAAGCUUACUACGGUAGAAAUGAUGGCAUCGCACAUGUAUACUUCAUACAAUAAACAUACUAGUCUGCACAAAGCUUUCACUGAAGUAUUUCUGGAUGAUUCACAUAAUCCUGCAAAUUGUCGGGUAUCAGUACAAGUGGCCACACCAGCGUUAAACCUUUCUGUUCGCUUCCCAAUACCUGAUCUUCGAUCAGAUCAAGAAAGAGGACCAUGGUUUAAGAAGUCACUUCAAAAGGAGAUCCUUCAUUUAGCAUUCACAGACCUAGAAUUUAAGACUGAAUUUAUAGGAGGAUCAACCCCAGAACAAAUGAAAUUGGAACUUACGUUUAGAGAAUUAGUUGGGUCAUUCCAGGAAGAUAAAGGAGAACCAUCUAUUAAGUUUUUCCAUGUGUCUAGCGGAGUAGAUGGAGAUACAGCGUCAUCAGAUGACUUUGACUGGCCACGAAUUGUGCUGAAAUUAAAUCCACCAGCUGUGCAUUCCAUUUUGGAGCGAAUAGCAGCUGAGGAAGAAGAGAGUGAUGGCCGCUAUCAGGAAGAGGAGGAAGGGGGUGCUCAUUCCCUGAAGGAUGUUUGUGAUCUGCGAAGACCAGCCCCUUCUCCCUUCUCUUCUCGUAGAGUCAUGUUUGAAAAUGAGCAGAUGGUGAUGCCAGGAGACCCUGUGGAAAUGACAGAAUUUCAGGAUAAAGCAAUCAGCAAUUCUCACUAUGUGCUGGAACUUACGUUACCCAACAUUCAUAUAACACUACCUAAUAAAAGCUUUUAUGAGAAGCUUUAUAAUAGGAUCUUUAAUGACUUGCUGCUGUGGGAACCAACAGCUCCUUCACCAGUGGAGACAUUUGAAAAUAUUUCCUAUGGUAUUGGUCUUUCUGUAGCCAGUCAGCUGAUUAAUACCUUCAACAAAGAUAGUUUUAGUCCAUUUAAAUCCACAGCUCACUACGAUGAGGAGAGUGGAUCUGAGGAGGAGACAUUGCAGUAUUUUUCUACUGUUGAUCCCAACUAUCGUUCCCGUAGGAAAAAAAAACUAGACUCUCAGAACAAGAACUCGCAGAGUUUUCUCUCGGUUCUUCUGAGUAUUAACCAUGGACUAAUGGCAGUGUUUACAGAUGUCAGGCAAGAUAAUGGAGAGCUGUUGGAAAAUAAACAUGGCGAAUUCUGGUUAGAGUUCAGCAGUGGUUCGUUGUUUUGUGUGACCAAGUAUGAAGGCUGUGAUGACAAGCACUACAUCUGCCUUCAUUCCAGUAGUCUCAGUCUGUACCACAAAGGCAUAGUAGAUGGAGUGAUUCUUCCUACGGAAACACGACUGCCCAGUUCAACCCGCCCACACUGGUUGGAACCUACUAUUUAUUCCUCUGAAGAAGAUGGCCUCAGUAGAGCUUCUUCAGAUGGUGUUGCAGGAGACACUUUGAAUAUGCUCUCCGUUGCAGUUAAAAUACUAUCUGAUAAAUCAGAGUCCAAUACAAAGGAAUUUCUCAUUGCUGUGGGGUUGAAAGGAGCCACACUCCAGCACAGAAUGCUUCCUUCUGGGCUUAGCUGGCAUGAGCAGAUUUUAUACUUCUUGAAUAUUGCUGAUGAACCUGUUCUGGGAUAUAAUCCUCCAACUUCAUUUACAACUUUUCACGUUCACCUCUGGAGCUGUGCACUUGAUUAUAGGCCUCUUUAUUUGCCGAUCCGAUCUCUUCUCACUGUGGAAACCUUCAGCAUUUCGAGUAGUGUGGCCUUGGACAAAUCCUCAUCUACUCUCAGAAUAAUCUUGGAUGAAGCUGCUCUGCAUUUGUCUGACAAGUGUAAUACUGUUACUAUAAAUUUGAGUAGAGAUUAUGUUCGUGUGAUGGAUAUGGGGCUUUUGGAAUUAACCAUAACUGCAGUGAAAUCUGAUUCUGAUGGAGAGCAAACUGAGCCGCGCUUCGAGCUACACUGUUCCAGUGACAUUGUCCAUAUCAGAACGUGCUCGGACUCUUGUGCUGCUUUAAUGAAUCUCAUUCAGUACAUUGCAAGCUACGGGGACUUACAUGCAGCAAACAAGGUGGAGAUGAAGCCUGGAGCCCCUCACAGAAAGAUGAAGGUAGAUUCCAGCGGUCGCUCAUCCUCACAAGGUCCAGUACUUCCUGAAGCAGACCAGCAGAUGUUACGCGAUCUGAUGAGUGACGCUAUGGAGGAGGUUGACCUGCAGCAGGCCGCCGCGUCCGCACAGGCCCAGGCCAACGGUGUUUUGGAUGAAAAAUCUCAAACUCAGGAGCCCUGUUGUUCAGACCUCUUCCUGUUUCCAGAUGAGAGUGGGAACACAUCCCAGGAGCCUGGCCCUCCUUACACCUCAUUCACACACCACUUGAUUAGUGAUGCAAUGGCAGGUGCGCCCACUGAGAAUGACGACUUUUGCAUUCUUUUUGCACCAAGAGCAAACAUUCAGGAGAAGGAGGAAGAGCCAGUUGUAAAAGUGAUGGUCGAUGAUGCAAUCGUAAUAAAGGAAAAUUACUUUAGUCAACCCGCUAAGAAGACGGACACGGGCAAAGCUCCAUUGCACUUUCCCAUCCCUGUCGUUCGCUAUGUCGUUAAAGAAGUCUCUCUUGUUUGGCAUCUUUAUGGAGGAAAGGAUUUUGGAACAGUCCCUCCUACUUCUCCAGCUAAAAGUUACAUCAGUCCCCACAGUUCACCUUCUCACACUCCCGCGAGGCAUGGACGUAACAUGGCAUGUGGGGGAAAAGGAAGAAACCAUGACUUUUUAAUGGAAAUACAGUUAAGCAAGGUGAAGUUUCAGCACGAGGUCUACCCGCCUUGCAAGCCUGAGUCUGACUCUGGCCUCUUAGAGCACCCAGUCUCCCGGCAGGUGUUUGUCGUGCAGGAUCUUGAAAUUCGAGAUCGUCUGGCAACAUCACAAAUGAAUAAGUUUUUGUACCUGUAUUGCAGUAAAGAAAUGCCUCGAAAAGCUCAUUCCAACAUGUUGACAGUGAAAGUAUUACACGUGCGCCCCGAGUCCGGCAGGUCACCGCAGGAAUGCUGCUUGCGAGUGUCCCUAAUGCCACUUCGCCUCAAUAUUGACCAGGAUGCCUUGUUCUUCCUGAAGGAUUUCUUCACAAGUCUUUCCACAGAAGUAGAGCUUCUAAUGACUCCAGAUCCAGAAGUUAAAAAGUCUCCUGGAGCUGAUGUCACCUGCAGUUUGCCAAGGCAUUUAAGCACCUCCAAGGAGCCAAAUCUAGUUCUUUCUUUUCCUGGGCCAAAGCAGCCUUCCCAAGAUGGUGGUGCCAGUUCAGUGGAAAUGGUUAAUGGGGAGGAAGAGAAGGACUUCUCAGCUGGAGAAGCAUCAUUUAGUGAUCAGCCCGUGUUUUUUAGAGAAUUUAGAUUCACAUCAGAAGUUCCUAUUCGACUUGAUUAUCAUGGCAAACACGUAUCAAUGGAUCAGGGUACGCUGGCUGGGAUUCUGAUUGGUCUGGCCCAGUUAAACUGCUCAGAACUGAAGCUGAAGCGGCUUUUCUACCGGCAUGGCUUGCUAGGUGUUGACAAAUUGUUUUCGUAUGCCAUCACGGAAUGGCUUACUGACAUUAAGAAAAACCAGCUACCAGGAAUCCUGGGAGGUGUUGGGCCUAUGCAUUCACUAGUACAAUUAGUGCAAGGCCUAAAGGACUUGGUCUGGUUACCGAUAGAGCAGUACCGGAAGGACGGCCGCAUCGUCAGAGGGUUCCAGAGAGGUGCCGCCUCCUUUGGCACCUCAACAGCCAUGGCCGCCCUGGAGCUCACCAACAGGACGGUUCAGACCAUACAGGCGGCAGCAGAGACUGCUUAUGACAUGGUGUCUCCUGGGACCCUUUCUAGUGAGACCAAGAAGAUCAAAAGGUUUCCUCAUCACCGCUUAGCCCACCAGCCAGUGGACCUGCGGGAAGGUGUGGCCAAGGCCUACAGUGUUGUGAAAGAGGGACUUACAGACACGGCUCAGACAAUUUAUGAAACCGCAGCUCGAGAACACGAGAGCAGAGGGGUCACUGGUGCCGUGGGCGAGGUCCUGCGCCAGAUUCCUCCCGCAGUGGUGAAACCUCUGAUUGUUGCCACAGAAGCGACAUCAAAUGUAUUAGGUGGCAUGAGAAACCAAAUUAGACCAGAUGUUCGGCAAGACGAGUCACAGAAAUGGCGCCAUGGGGAAGACUGAUAUUUCAGAUGCAAUUCUUUAUGGAGAUAGUGAGGGUGGAAGUAAGGAGCAUAGUGUCCCAUUGGCAGCUUUAGAGGGUACUCAUUUAAUUUUAUUGUGCUCAUCUCAGGAACAAAAGCAUUUCUUAGUUAAAUAAUUUAAUAUCAAAGCAACAUGCAACCAAAAACUUGUGACAUUUUAGGGCUAGUUUGGUACUUGCCUCGAGAAGUGUUUGGUAGUUAGUGUCAAAAGUUCUUAAGCGUUUGCUGCCAAGUGAGUGGAAUGCUUGCUUUUAUUAAAAUGGCUGUAAUUCUCCUUGCUAUGGAUGAGAGAUCGUUGGAAGCCUCCUGUUACAGUACAGUGUGCUCAGAAACUUUGAAAGUGCACUUUGAAAGCACUGUUUAUGUUGCCCUGAGGAGUUGAUUUUUCUCAAGGUUUAAAAAGAAUCACAGCUUCGAAACUUUCAUUGAGAAUGAGAGACAGAAGCUACAGGGAAAGCAAAGCAAAUAGGAUUUUAAUAUAAAUAUCCCUGAGGAAUAAAUAACCUAGUCUGUUGGAUUUAGUGUCCGUGCACUUGAGAACAUUAUUUCCAUUCCCUCAGAAGAUCUUAUCUGUGGGCGUUGAGAACGUGAAUGUCGCAGACAUGUUCUGUUGUGUUGCACUUUAUUGUGUGUGUGUGUGUGUGUGUGUGUGUGUGUGUGUAUGUAGAUUAAUACGAGUCAUGUGAUCUAUUAUGUAAUUUACAGAUUUUCACAAAAUAUAAAGAGGAGUAAGACUGAAUGUUUCUGGCAAAGGAAGCUAACUCAGAUGUAGUAACUUCCAUUUAUUUAAAGUGUAAAUGAAAAUGUGCAUUCUAUAAUGUACUGGGGCCCAUAUGAUUUAUAUGUUCACUUUUCAGCAGAUAUAGUGCAAGCUUGUUAGGAAUGUGUGGAAAGGGAGAUUGGAAAUGAUUUUUACUUUGCUGAAAUUAACCAAAAAUCCUCCAAAUAUGCCCUAGUAAGCUAUUUCGAAGUACCAUUUUUACUUGGUUAACCGUGUACAUUUUGAUAACCUGUCAGGAAUGAAUAAAAUAUUUUUAUUUAAAGGUAAAAUUGUUUUAUGCUUCCAUGAACAUUUUGCUUUUCUUAGAGCAUAUUCAUAGAUGGGAUACUUGGAUCCAUCCCAAGAUACUUGGGAAUACUUUCUCGAAACUGAUUUUGGUUAAUAUCAAGUAAAUCAUUGCCUAGGAGUAAGAGGAAAAUUGUUCACAAGGACUCACUUUUUGACUUUAGGUGAAUGUAGUAGAAAAAAUGCAGGACUUUGUGUUCAUCCACUGAUGUGAUGUGAAUUUUAAUUUUCUGAAGUGGGGAGAAUGCCGUUCAUGUGAAUUUGCAUGAUGUGAAUUUUAAUUUUCUGAAGUGGGGAGAAUGCCAUUCACAUGAAUUUGGAUUUCAGAACUACAUUUCAGGUUGGGGUUUGAAAAAUGAUGUCGAAUCGAUUCCAUUCUCUAGAUUUUCUGAACAAGAAAGCAAUGUAAGCCAAACAUCUGGACAUUUAAAAUUUAUGAAAACUACGUUAACAGCAUUUAAUUUUUAUUUCCUUUUUAUUGCUGAAAAAACUUAAAAAAGGCACUACUCACAGAACCAUCCGUUACUCUUUCCCAAUUAAAUGGAUUCCAUGCAGAAUGUGAUCCUGAGUAAACAGUAGCCACGCCCGUGCAUCAUCGAGAAGGCUUAGCCGGCUUUGGGGGCACCUUCUGACCUCCCUGCUCGCUGACCCCAGGAUGCUGCAUGCAUCCUUAAAACAGAACAUACCAUGUCUCUUAUUUGUGAUGAUUAAUCAAACUGCAAAGCCCUUCAUCAACUUAAAAAUAUAAAAUUUCUAAUUUUAAAAUACAUUUUCCAUAGUUACGCUAUUUAAGUUCAGUUAGAUAUAGUCUAGGGAGAAAUAAUCUUCUUUGCACUCCUGAUUUGCAAAUAGACCCAUCUUUUGACAAAUUUGGUUGUAAAUCCUAGUGUAACAUGUAUCUUCAUGUUGUCAUUUCCAUGGUUCUCUGUGACCACAGAAUCUGGGUUUGGGAACCAGAAACCUGCCUCAGAAAGGCCCAGUAUCAAGGCUCUGUUCAUUGCCAGUUUAACCAAGAUGCUCUUUAUUUGAGAUGUUUAUGUAGACUGUAUUUGAACACUUCUGCAUUAUUAAGUAUCCUCAAUUUUUUAUUUCUUAAAAAUGUCUUCUCCAACCUUUAUGUCACAGCGACACAGUAAGGAGGGCGUUAGGCACGACCCUUAGGCUGCCAGAUCUGCCCUCACUUGGCAGGUGACUUGGCCAAGGCAUUAGAUUUCUGUAAGCCUCAGCAUCUGUCUGUAAACGAAGGGGUUUUGUAUGACAAAGCCCAACAGAGAUUUUUGGAUGAUCAGGGUGUGUGUGUGGUGUGUGUGGUGUGUGUGGUUUGGUAGACUGCCCCGUGUGUGUGUGUGUGUGUGUGGGUGUGUGUGGUUUGGUAGACUGCCCCAGACUAAGGGGUUUUGUACGACAAAGCCCAAAAGAGAUGGAUGAUCAGGGGGUGUGUGGGGUGUGUGUGUGUGUGUGUGUGGUUUGGUAGACUGCCCCAGACCUGUGACACCCCGGGCUGGGGGUGCUGGAGAGCAUGGAGGUCACACCACACAGGGUAGCCACGGGCUCCCUCAGAUCUUGGAUCUCUGAGUACUGCAUUUCUGAGUGGCCACCGGGCCUGUGUGGUUGACUUUGAUGAGCUAUCCUGCAUGGAGUAGAUGGUGUGUGUCCACGUGUCGCUGCACGGAGGCCAUAUGGGUGUUUCCCCAGCGAGUCCAGGUGAGCAAGCCUGACCAAGAUCCGUCAGCGAGUUUUAAGACCACAGUGUUACAGAAGCAUGUGAAGACCACUUUAUAAAGGCAGCGAUACUUCCUCUUGAAUGGGGCUGAUGUGCAUCCCAUUUCCCUUCCUGUCUGUCCCCAGAUUGCUAUUAUUUACCAGUAGAACAUUCCCUUUUAAUAUCUGCCUUUUAGGACAGACAUAAUACAGCCUUUCUUCUAGACACAGCAGUAAACUUUGACUUUAGUGAAGGUUGGGUCCAGUUUGGAUUCCCACUUUAAGCACAUAUAUUUCACAUCAAUAUUUUUAUAAUCUAAGACUCACUUUAGGGAAUCUUUCCAAGUCCCAGUGUGCCUAGAAUAGCAAAAAUACUAAAAACUGAUGUUUCCUGCCUUCUGUGUCACUUUUAAAUGGUAUUAAAAUAUUUCCAGGAAAAAUGUCUAGUUUUUAAUCCUCUCCUGUAAAAACCGUGUUCUGUAGGUUUGGUGCCCUUGCUCGGUUUCAAAACCAUCUAGGCAGCUCUGUCUGCUGCUGUGCAGGGGCCACUGACCCAGGGGCGUCGGGCCUGCCUCCAGUGCGUUCAGGUCGGGUUCUGUGCACUGUGUACUCUCCCCAGAGCGGGUGGGUAGCAGGCGGUGUUGACUUGGCAGCCGUGUUAAAUGAGAACCCUUCACUACAUGGUUUCAGAGUUAGCAACUGUCGUGACAUUCAUUUAAAUUGUGUAGAUAUGAAAAGCUUCGUGACUUUAAUCACGGGCCUUUGCUUCCCUUUUCUUACACCUGCAUCGGGUAGAAUUCCUCAGAAUUACAGGGAGCAGUGUGGCAGGGCUAGUGUUCGUGGUGAGCAGUCACUCCGUUUCCCCUCACAUCCUCUUGACCCGCUGGAGACAUGAGGGCCAAUGUCUGUAAAGUUCCUUGAGCUUGAAAGUAAGGGACUGUCAAAAGCAAAGUGAUACUCUUUUGUAUCUGCAGACGCAUCCAUCCACUGGACAUACCAGUUGGUAUCAAAUAGAAUAAAUCAAACGGAAAUUUGUGAGUCUUAGGUUUAACUAGGAAGGCUACUUGUAGAGUGUACAAUAUAGGGGGGAAAAUCUUCUAUCAAACACUCUUAUUUCUGUUUAUAGGAAGGUAUAGUCAGUCUUUCCAUAGAAGCCUAGUUGUGCGCUUUAGUGCCAACUUCCUUUUAUCUCCAUAUUUUGGGACCAUGUAGGCGCACCACCCCCUUUAGCAGACCUUGUAAGCUUACGUGGGGAGUAUUUUCCUCGAUCCUGUUUCUGUACAUCAGACACAGAAAAGCUCUUCUAACACACCAGCGUCAUGGGCUGUGUUGGGGAUGAGAAAUUUGAGUUUCAACAAUUCACACUGAGAGGUCAGCAGUUUUCAAAAACAUCGGAGUCCGGGAUUUUUGCCUCCCAUCCCAACCGUGGCCACCGUGGUUUCGAGCGUGUGGCUCGGUGGGAAGCGCUGGAGUGCAGGCUGCUGUGCGACUCGGGUUGGCCAAGGGGGUGGCAGCGGCCUCGGUGACCCCUCUGGUGCCGUGGGUGGUGGAAUUAGCAGCCCCCCCUUUAAGAAGCGUGUUCACUUUGCUGUUUGACUCGCGUUGUGCAUACAUGAAAUGGCAGCUUCCAGCCUCGGGGUGGGUUUCCUAAGCGCCCGGGGGCGCAGGCCGCACUGGUCACUUUUCCACUGUGGACCGUGGUGGAGGGGGGGGCGCCGAGUUCGGCUCUCCUGCGAAUCCCUCCCGACUUAACCUUGGACGUGGAACUUAAUCUCACCACAGUGUUGUAUGCUCCUUGCUGAGUUCCCUAGUUUCCCUACUUAAUUUUGGAUGUGAGUACUUUAAGAACGCUACUGCUGUAUGAGUCUUUUUGUGGAAAUGUAACUCGUCCGUGUGACUAUGGAAAAUAUUAUGAAAUGGAGAGUAUACUUGAAGAAAAUUA